CUGGCCCUGGGUGUAGUCCCUUGUAGGCAGCCAAGAGGACGCUCACGAAGCGAACGCAGUGUUUAUGCAGACCAACCACCUUACUCGAAGCUGUGUGAGAAACAGCCUGACCAAAUUCAUUUGCGCCAACUGCACGACCUUGGUCAGUGUGUGAAGGGACAGGCUUCACUCGCCACUGCAUUGAGGACCACUUCUGUUCGGACAGGCCCAGUUUGCGGUGGUGCUGCUACCCAGAUGAACCGCGGAAUGCACCUGCGUAAGUGCCAGCACGUCCGAGUGGCCCCUACGACCCCCCAGAGGUUCUUCUCUUGCAAGGAUGGGUGCUUCCGUCCCCCGAGAACUACAAGUGCCAGAUGCCUGCGCAGUGGAUGGCUGCAGAAGUCGUUCGUGUGCACCACUGGCAUGAUGUACAAGCACAAAAAGGAUGCAUGUGAAGCUCCUUGCUGUACCAUCGUGGCCAGCAGGAAGGCCGAUACCCUGAACCUCCUGACAAGCAAACUACUUUUGAAUGCUACAUGA